UAAAGACGUGCGGCGUUGAAAGCUAUUUAAAUCGCUCUCGUAGACGGACGGAUCGACAGCAGCAGCAAUCAUCUCCGUCUCAGUGCAAUACCCCUGUCGGAAGGGGUCCGUCAAGAAACUGUUCAAGCAACGCGGAAGUGUUCGAAUCACUACGUAACUUCGAGUCGGUGGAAGUCUAUAAGGCUUCGAUCAGUGUGGUGUAGAAACUAGAUAUCUGUGUUACUUCGUCCGAAAAGCAAACCAAUUUUCCAAUUUUUUGAGCCAUUUCUCAUCAAUCAGACCGUUGUGAAAUACUUAUCAAUCAGGCGUUCGAGGAACAAGUUCUAGCAGACUAGAAGAACAGUGAAAAGAAAAUCAACGGCGUACGAUUUACGUGACACUUCGUUUCGCUAAAGUAAACGCUUGAUGCUCUGUGAGAAUUUGAUUAGUGAGCGAGUAAUUUGUCGGAGGCAAGGCUGUGUAUGAUCAUUAGAGCCACGGCCACAUUGGAACGAUGGCGUCGGAAGUAUUCUUGAGCGCCUUUUUAGCGCUUUCCAAGUUCACGUACAACAACACGGUAAACGGUCCAGGAUGUUUCGCUAUGUUUGGCUGCUAUCCGAUCGAACCACCGUGGAUUAGCGAACGGCGUCCAAUAGCAUUGUAUCCAAAGUCACCCGAGGAGAUUGGUGUGCGAUUUGUGUUCUUCAACGCACAGCAUCGCCAAUAUCCCAAGGAACAGAACCGAUACUCGAACUACAUAGACGUGCCAGAUCUGGUGGAUGCAACGAAUAUUAAUCCGGAUAAAAUGAUCUACUUCAUAACGCACGGAUUUUUGGAAAAGGGUGCUACGAAAUGGAUCGAAAAAAUGAUGAAUCGGUUACUGGAUCGAGAACCGGAAUCUACGGUUAUUGUUAUCGACUGGGGUCCAGGGUCCGAUCCUCCGUACAAUCAGGCGUGUGCUAACAUAAGACUGGUCGGGACUAUCACUGCGCACGUCAUCAUCGAGAUCGCGCAACAAGUAGGUUUGAAGAAUCUGGAUAACGUACACAUGAUCGGACAUUCGCUGGGCUCACAUCUGUCCGGAUACACGGGUUACACACUGCGCAAAGAGUACAACGUUACACUGGGCAGAAUAACUGGCCUGGACCCGGCCGAGCUAGCGUUCGCCGACACGGACGAGAUGGUACGGCUCGACCCAAGCGAUGCCAAGUUCGUGGACGUGGUGCACAGUGACGCCACACCGUUCGUAUCGAACAUCGGGCUCGGCCUGUACGCACCGAUCGGGCACGUAGACUUCUACCCGAACGGCGGCUUCAAUCAACCCAACUGUCCGGUGACGUUCUGGAAGGAACAGAAUCGAUUUGUCUCGAGCGUGUUCCAGUACUUCAGCUGCAGCCAUUCGCGCUCGUACAUGUAUUUCACGGAAAGUAUUACGACACCGCUUAAGGUUGUGUCCUGCGGGUCGUACGAGAGCUAUAACGCGGGCGAAUGUUUUGACUGUAGUGCGGGCAAUGCGCAUUGCGUCGAGUUUGGGCUAAAUAGUUUUGCCAGCUAUGAACAGUUGGUGAAGCAACAGAAGCUUGUCCCACGGAAGAAUACGCCGUUACAGUUCUUCUUCAAGACAAACUCGUACGAUCCGUUCCUGAUGCCGAAUGUGAAGAUAACGAUUAAGAUUGCCGAUACGCGAGAAAGCAGACAGUAUGGGGCGGAGAUAGGUAAAAUCUUUUUGUACAUUGCUGGACAAGAUGGUGCCGAACCUAAGCGGAUCGAUUUCAACGAAGAACCGAGGUUGUUUGAACCGGGACUUAACUACUCCAGUGUCAUCGCAGUACACAGUAACACCAAGCCGAUGACGGUAAAGAUCGGUUGGAAGUAUGAGACGAACUUGCUGAAUCCGCUCACCUGGCGGCUGCUGUCCGCACCGCGAGUGUUCAUCAAGCAGGUACAGCUACAGUUCUUAACACAACAGACGACACUGCAGAUGUGCCCAGCGAGCGGGACGGGCAUCUCCACCAACGAAUUGGGCGUAUUUACCGAGGAUAACUGCAAACACAGGCAGAGCCAUGGAUAGCUGUCGACUGACUGGUCCGUACCCUACGCACCGCAUCAUCUACGUUAAUGUUAAUUUAAAUAUCUCACUUAUAUAAAACAGACCUGCACAUGCUUGUUCAUCCCAGGCAAUCGCUGCCAGUCCGCCUUAUCAAUGCAAUGUAUUGUAAUUAAGGAAUGUAUGUAAAACAACACGUAUAAAUACAUACACGUAUAUCAAGAAGCUCCAUCUAACCGAA